UCCUUCCUGUUGUUUGUUGUGAAAAGUGUUGCUAACAAUGGAAGAAGUGGAAGAAGACUCGUCGUCUCUCUCUCAGCAAGAUUUCACAAAACAGCUCGAGAAAUGUGUUUGUAUUUUGCAAAAAGCUGGCAGCGACAACGAAAAGCUGGCUGCACUAAUGAUGGUAACCAAACUGAUCAAGGCUGACGAAUGUAAUUUGCAGGCACAAAAGAUACUCUUUGAGGCAAUUGGAUUCAAGUUUCUUGUUCGGCUGCUACGUACAGCUACAGUACCUGAAGGAUGCAGUAACUACAUCUAUAAGUCUUUGUCUCUCACCAUUCUUUCCAGUUUCUCUGGACUACAAGAAGUGAAGGAAGAUCCUCGGAUGUUGACCUCUGUCCCACUCAUAAUAGAUGUCCUCGUCUCUUGUCUCAAUAUCGAGCAAACACAGGAUGACAACGAACUGACAGAAGGAGAGUUCAAAUCCAUGAUUGAUAGUUGCUACGACUGUUUAACAGCUGUUUGUAUGACAGACAAAGGAAGGACGGCUUUAAUCGACUCCAGAUCUGUGUCUCAGUUGUGCACCUGCUACAUACAUGCAACAUAUGGUAACCAGCGAGCUUUGGCUAUAAUCCAGCAGCUUAUCUCAACAAAUGGUGCUGAAGUUUGGACAAAGAAUAUGAAAGGUCUCCAAGAGUUACUGGGUUAUUUAGGAGAGAAUUUCUCCCACUCAAAAGAACUUGAAAAAUUCCAUUUUUGUGAUAUUCUUGCCAGUGUAUUCACCAGUGUCUCAAAGGACCAGAUUCCAGCAGGUAACUUCAGUUGGCAGAAAAAUAUUCCCCAAGGAAUUAUGGAUUUGAUUAAGUCACGUCUAGAACAGAAGCAAAGGGAAUCAGUCUUAAUGCUAAUCUCUGUGAUUGUUGAGAACUUAGGACCAGAAUUUUUGCUGCCCCCAAAUCUCCCUGAUGCAAAACCAUUUCUUUUAGCCAUUAACCUGAAUUCUGUGGAAGUCGGAAUGAUCAUUCCAUUUUCUCCUUUGGGACAGGUUCGUGAGAAAUCAAACCAGUUGUCAGCUUAUUUCAGUCUUAUUGAGAACACCAUCAAAUUUCUGGUGAGCAGUGAAGACGGACCACCAUUUGACCCAAGCCAAAUAAUUCAACUCUAUUCCAUCCUCACAGAGACCCUGAAGUGUGUGAUCCUUUUCCUGCAGGAGAUAACUAAAUCUUUACAGUCAAUCCAGGCUACUGACACUCUGCUGCAAGCCUGUAUCCGAUUGGUCGGUGUGUGGAUGAAAGAAGACAGUGAAGCUCUCUGUGAUGAAAUCCAUGAUCUGGUGCCAAUGUUGCUGACAUUUAGUAAAAACCUGCUUUGUACGGCUGAGGUCGAGAACCCUGUGGUCAGCUGUUCAGGUGUUUUGUCCCCUUUGUUUGAAGGGUUCUGUCAGCUUGCCUCCGACACCAAGGGCCGGGAACAGCUACUACAACACGAAGCUUACGUCCCAGUUGGUCAGUAUUUGUUACAUGCUCUCAGUCGGUUUCCUGAGACAGACAGCAACAUCCUGCUGUGUGUGGAGACACUUUCUGACCUUUUGCUUCAACUUACCGAGACAGACACAUGUUUUAUUGACUCAGACUCCAUAUACGUUAGUUUAUUCAACAGAAUCUCAGAAGUCCUUCACCAAACUGUUUUCAAAAGUGAAUGUCUCAAUGUAGUUGCUGUGAUGUCCUUUCUUGGCCUGACACUAUUCAAUUCGCAUCGCAUAACAAGAGAAGUGGAAGAAGCGAAACAGAAGACGUUAUUAAAGUCAACAAUAACGUUCCUAAGUAGGGCCCACCUUUUAGACUCUCAGCGGAACCGGAAAGAAAAAGUGCUGGUCAUCAACGAAGAAUACCAGGUUCAUUGGGAUUCUGUGUCAGGUUAUUGGCUGUCAACUAUGAAAGUGCUGACCAAAUGUAUCCAGAGUCACCCACAGCUGACCACUACAGUGUUAUUACAAACUGGCUGGAUCCCUCGAUUGUUAAAACUACUUGUUGAUGUCCAGAAGACCAGUGUUCAUGUGGACUAUAGCAGUGCCUACCUGGACUUACUCUAUGCCCUGAUCAUCACCAAGGAAGCUAGAACUGUGAUAAUCGAUAACUGUGGAGCUGAAGUGGCCAAGAAAUUUAACCAUUCUGAAUUGUGUGAUGUUCUGUCUGUCACUUGAAGACAAUGGAAUCGGCCCUAUUAAAUCAUCACGGUCACUAUAAUCACCUGUUAAUGAACAUUUUGAUUUUGGUGGUGUCAUUUAAAGAUUUGUUCAAGUCUUUGCUUCUAUGGCAGAAAAGAAAAGAAAACCAAAGUUCCUUUGAAUGACUAAAUACAAGAGGACUGAAGAAUUAUUGUCACCUUCUUGUUCUCGUUUGAUAAAUAAAAAAUUAAUUAAAUGGUUAAUGAAA